AUUGACGUACCAGUUUUUCUUCGAUUGAACAGCUGUCAUCCAUCAUCCAUUUGUUUUCAUUCGAAUAAAUACUUUUCAAAUUUAAAGUGUAACAUUUUCAUGUUUUUCUAAAUUUCCAUCGAAAAUCCGCGAUGAACAACCUGAAUAAAUACGUUCAAGUGGCCGGAAGUAGCCAAGGUAUAACUAGCAGCGACAAAGUUGUUCAAGACAUUUUGAACACCUUCACCGAUUUAAGACACUACUCCAGGGAAAUUGAAAAUGAACUUAGAAGCACAGAAAAUCAGUCGGUUAAAGUUUAUAUUAAAGAAAGUGAAAAUAUCAGUAGCUUACACGCUCAGAUAACAGCUUGUGAUACUAUACUAGAACGCAUGGAAGAUAUGUUGCUGAAUUUUCAAAAUGACUUGGGUAGUAUAAGUAAUGAAAUAGUGACAUUACAAAGGAAGUCUAUAUCUAUGAGCCAAGAGCUUAAUAAUAGACAAGCAAUUAGAGGACAAUUAAGCCAAUUUAUAGAUGAUAUAUCUGUACCUGAAACACUUAUUAUAGCAAUCAUGGACUUACCGGUAACAGAUGAAGAGUUCUUAGUGCAACUUCAAACAUUAAGUCAUAAAUUAGGUUUUAUAAAAGAACAGAGCUUUAGAGACACAAAGUCUUGUCAAGAUGUCAAAGAUGUGCUAGGUAAAUUACAAAUUAAGGCAAUGUCAAAAAUACGAGUAUACUUAUUAGAGCAGAUAUCCAGAUUUAGGAAACCCAUGACGAAUUAUCAAAUACCCCAGAAUGCGUUAUUAAAACACAAACUUCAUUACGAAUUUCUGUUGUUAAAUGAAAGAAACACUGCCGAGGAAGUGUGUAACGAAUACGUUGACACUAUGGGCAAAAUCUAUUAUUCCUAUUUUAAAUCUUAUGAAGGUAGAAUUAUGAAGUUACUAUAUGAAGAGAGUACCACGAAAGAUGACCUUAUGGGUAUCGAAGAUACUGCCACCAGGAAUUUGUUUAGUAAUAAAAGUUUGAAGCAGAAAGCAACAGUUUUUACUAUAGGUAAUCGAGGUGAUGUUCUGGCACAACAGCUAGAGGCUCCAAUCAUCGUACCGCAUGCAGAAACCAAAAAUAAGUAUUCCUAUGAGGCAAUAUUCCGCAGUAUCCAAUAUGCCUUGGUUGAUAACGCUUGCAGGGAAUACCUAUUUGUCAGUGAAUAUUUUAUGGUUCAAAGUCAUGCGGCGUUAAAUCUGUUUAAUAAAAUCAUGGGGAAAACUUUGACAUUGUUGCAGAAAAACAUUGAAGCAUACAUGGCAACAUGUUUUGACUCCAUCGCGAUAUUUCUCUGUUUCCAUUUAGUACUUCGAUACAAAAUAAUGUGCCACAAAAGAUGUGUGCCUGCUCUGGAUGAUUAUUGGGAUAAUUUGGAGAAAAUACUAUUAUCCAGAUUCGAAUAUAUUAUGAAACUCAAUAUUAAUAGUAUAAGAGACUGUGAUGUUUCCAAAUUUAAUUUAGAAAAAGGACCCCAUUACAUUGCCAGACGGUAUGCAGAAUUCAGUGCAGCACUUGUUAGCAUCAGCGAAAACUUCCCCAAUGAACUUAUCUCACAACUGUUGAGUCAACUACAGGAGGAAGUGGAAAUGUUUAUAUUUAGAAUGGCCGGUGUCUUCACCGAGAGAAAAGAUCAACUAAUUUUCUUGAUAAAUAACUACGACAUGAUACUCAGCAUAAUUAUGGAAAGAACAAGAGAUAAUUGCAAAGAAGCUGAAACGUUUAAAUCUCGAUUAGCGGCAAAGAGUGGCGAGUAUGCGGAACAGAUAUUGUUCCCUCACUUCGGGGAAUUGAUUCAGUACGUAAAAGAGUGCGAGCAUUACUUUGAACAUUCCAAAUUAAACGAGCUGAAGGCGUUGGAAAUUAAAUCGGUGGACAUUGUACUUAAUUUCUCGGAAAAUUGGAAGAAAUCGUUGGAGGAUUUGAACAGGGAGGUGCUGUUGUCUUUUCCCAAUCUGGUUACCGGGGCCAGUUUGUUGCAAUUAGCUUUAACCCAACUAGUACAGUAUUACCACAGGUUCCACAAACUGUUGCCGCCUAACAUAAGAUCUCAGUUGGUCAAUAUACAUCAUAUUAUGGUCGAAAUGAAAAAAUACAAAACCUCGUUUUGAACUGAGUCAUCUACAUAUUUGAGAUUAUAUUAAAUUUAUUUAUGAUGAGUGCAAUUCCAUGUGGAAGCGUUAGUAGUUGAAAGGUGAUAAAUAUUAUCGAGAGGACAAGUAGAAAUUCAUUUCUUUAUUGGUUAAUAUGUACUUUUUAAUAAAUUUGAAUUAUUUUGGUGUAAUUUAA